GAGACACACACAGGUUAGAGACAAAGACACACAGGUUAGAGAGAAAGACACACAGGUUAGAGACAAAGACACACAGGUCGAAGCGAUUCAGACAAAGUGAAAACUAAAUGUGAGUGGGAGAGGACUGAUAAACACUGGUGGAAAUUUCAGUAGAAGUGUACCCAUUUUACUCUCCAUAUUGAUCAGGCAUGGAUAAAACAGUGCUCCUGAUCAUUCUGUUAUCGGGGCUGACCACCCUCACUUCAUGUCUCACUCAGUAUCAUUAUGUGAACAUGCAGAUGACCUGGUCUGAAGCUCAGAGUUACUGCAGAGAGACCUACACUGACCUGGCCACCAUAUCUGACACAAAGGAAUAUUACAGUCUGUUAAAUCUGCUGUACCAUACAGAUGGUUAUUCUGGUGAGGUCUGGAUAGGGCUGACGUUCACCAACUGGAGGUGGUCUCUAGAAAAUAAUGAGACAGAGGGGAUCAGUAAUGGGUGGCCUGCAGGAUAUCCCUGGCUCCAAUAUGGAUACUACACAUACAGUAAUGUGCUGAAGACCUGUGUGAUAUUGUCACCAUACAAUGGAUUGUGGUAUGGGUAUGACUGUUACUCAUCCAACUACUUUGUUUGCUACGAUGGGACACAAAACGCCACUCAGACCUUUGUGCUGGUUAAAGAAUGGAUGACAUGGAAUCAAGCUCAGAGUUACUGCAGACUUCACUACACAGACCUGGCCAUUGUGAGGAACCCGACAGAGAACCAAGCCAUACAGAACCUUACACGGAUUGUGUACUACUACUCAAUCAAUGUGGGGAACCAGACCGGAAACCAGUCCCUAGUGAACCAAACCCAGACUUACUACUACUACAACUACUACACAGUGUGGAUCGGUCUGUACAGAGAUGGAUCAUGGUCAGAUGGGAGCAACUCCAGCUUCUACUUCUAUUCAACAGCCUAUGAAGCUCCAGAUAUUAUUGGAUUGAAUGAGUCCUGUGUCACUGUUCAAACAUCUCGAUACUUUUAUCAGAGCGUAGUGAUGAACUGCAACAAAACUGUACCUUUUGUCUGCUAUAGCGAUCAGUGCAUCUCCUCCCCAAACAUCUCUCAUCAGUAUCACCUGGUUAACAUGCAGAUGACCUGGACUGAAGCUCAGAGUUACUGCAGAGAGUCCUACACUGACCUGGCCACUGUUUCUGACCCAGAGGAAUACAACAGUCUGGUCUGUCAGAUUAACUCUACACUUGGUAAUUCUAGCCAGGUUUGGAUAGGACUCAAGUUCAACUGGAGGUGGUCUCUGGAAGAUACUGAGACAGAGGGGAUCACCAAUGGAUGGCCGGGAGGAUUUCCCUGGGUCCAGAAUGGAUAUAUUUUUAGUAACCGGCAGGUCUGUGUCCUGAUGUACACAUAUUAUGGACAAUGGCAAGAAUCUUACUGUGACACUUACAACUACUUUGUUUGCUAUGAUGGGAGACAAAACGCCACUCAGACCUUUGUGCUGGUUAAAGAAUGGAUGACAUGGUAUCAAGCUCAGAGUUACUGCAGAGAUCACUACACAGACCUGGCCAUUGUAAGGAACCAGACAGAGAACCAGGCCAUACAGAACCUUACACGGAUUGUGUACUACUCCUACUCAAUCAAUGUGGGGAACCAGACCGGAAACCAGUCCCUAGUGAACCAAACCCAGACUUACUACUACUACAACUACUACACAGUGUGGAUCGGUCUGUACAGAGACGGAUCAUGGUCAGAUGGGAGCAACUCCAGCUUCUUCAAUGCAAACAGCUAUGGAGUUCCUUUUUACCUAUUUACACAGGACUCAUUAAAUAUUACUGGAAUCAAUGGGUCCUGUGUCGCUGUUCAAUAUGACUUGAACUAUCAGUACAACACAAAUAACUGCAUCGAUACUUUACCUUUUGUCUGCUAUGGAGCAAAAAAAAACACAACAAUAGUGCAAACAACAGAACCUGCUACUACCCAGCCCCAAACAACAGAACCUACUACAACCCAGCCCCUAACAACAGAACCUGUUACAACCCAGCCCCUAACAACAGAACCUGCUACAACCCAGCCCAUAACAACAGAACCUGCUACUACCCAGCCCCAAACAACAGAACCUGCUACAACCUCUGCAAAUAGAGGAUCUAGAUAUGUUAUUGUUCUGAGGAUGAGGCUCUCCUCUCUGAUCACACUAACGGACGAUUUCAUCAGGAACGUGGUCUUACAGAAGCUUUAUGAGGAACUGAUCAGACUAGGCCUUCCAGAAAACUUUGCAUUACGACUGUGGGCCACACAAGACAUCAAUCCCUGAGGGAGGAGAAAGAGAAGAACACUGCUGACCAACCAAACUUAAUUCAAAAAUAUGUCAGUCUUAUUCACCCACACACUGUUUUCUCUGGCAAAUACUGCAUUUACAAGAGCCAUCAACUGUUAGAACAAGAAACCGGGCAAGCCUAGUUCAGCCCACAAUAGAAAGUUUUGAUCGUGGCUGCCCUCUUGAGAAACAAACCCAGGUUGCCCAUGAGAAUGGCUGUGUCUUUAAUCACUACGCCACAGAGCCGGGUGUCCAAUAUGCUAUACUGCCGGGAGUCAGUAUAGCAUAUUCACAUUAUAUAAUAUUGUAAUGCAUUAACAUCAAGUUUUAAUAUUUCGUUAGACACUAUUAGCCAUUGUGUUAAACUG